AUGGUGAUAGUUGAAUUAAGCAUUGGUCAAUUAGCUGGAUUAAUUGAGUGGACAACUUUAAGUAAAGUGGUUGGGGCAAGUCUACUUAAUAUUUAUGGAACAGGUGGCCAACCUGCUUUAACAGGAAUUAAAUUAUGGGGCAUGGGAUCAUAUAAACCAUUAUUUGGAGUAUCAGCUAUUGCACCACUUGGUAUUUAUACAUUUGAAGUAACAUAUGAUAUAACAUCUGUUGAUGCUGAUGUUAUCAAUGCUGAUCCAUUAUUGGAUAGUGCAGUUAAUAACACAUUUUCUCUGAAGGAGCUAACAAGCAUUAGGGUAUGUGGUGGAUUUUACUACCAACUAUGUCCAGGAAUGAAAAAUAUGUUCCAUGUUGAUGAAGAAUAUGCAAUUGACUUUAACAAAACAUACAGUAACAAUGCAAUGAGAUACCGUCUGUUGAAAACUAGUAUUAAUGAUAAUAUUUCAUAUCCUUCCUAUGAUUUUAUGAUGUUGAAUGUGACAAGUGUACAGAAGGAGGGUUAUGGAAUUAUUGACACAAUGGUUGUAGAUCAUGGUAAUGGUGGACUUUUAAUAAACAAAGCAAUAAAACCCAAUUUAAAAACUAAUGGGAGUCAUGAUUGGUCAAUUCAAGGCUUGUGGUUGCAACUACAUGUCAGUUGCCAUUCAACAAAUAUUACAAUAAUUUCAUGGAAAAACAAUACUUCCUCUUUGUCCUCUAGUUGGAUAGGCUAUGCAGCUAUUAACAACUGUGAUAUAAAUUUACCAGAUAUAAGUACAAUCAAUGAUCGAGGCCAAUCAACAGAUCUUCCAGCAAGAAGCAUCUGGAGAGGUGCAUUUGAAGGACCAUUCAGAGAUAAAGUGGAAACCUUGGUUAAUUUUCCAUUAAAAAAACUAGAUUUAACAAGUUAUGUACCACCUCCAAUACCACAACCUGUCAACAUUCCUGGUAAAAACACAUCAGAGUCUUCCAACACAGACGAUGAAUCAAUAAAUUCUUUGCAACAGGUUGGACCUUUUAUAUACGAUUUAUAUGCAGUAUCAAAUCAUUAUGGUGGAUUGAAUGGUGGGCAUUAUACAGCAUGUGUACGAAAUGGAUUUAAAAAUGAAUGGUAUAACUUUGACGAUAGUCGUGUGUCAAAUUGUAAUGAAGGAUCUGUUAAGUCUCGUGCUGCAUAUAAUUUAUUCUAUGUCAGGAAUUAA